AUGAAUGACUCAGGAAUAUCAACAAUUGACGAUUUUACCAUCAUUCAUUCUGGUGCAUCAGGUGACAAUAAGACACGCUCAGCUCAUGGAGUAGCGGUGUGCUUAAACAAACAAGCCGCAAAAGUGUGGACAGAUUCGGGAUCUGAAUGGGAAGCUAUCAGUGAUAGGAUAAUUAUGGUUCGUCUUGGAUGUAAACCUAUCAAUAUCACAGUGUUAGCAGUGUAUGCACCAGUGAAUCCAUCAGAUGAGCAAAAGGCUCAAAGUGCAGCUUCAAUUGAAUUUUACAAAUGCUUACAGGAGACCAUGGAUAAGGUGUCGAGACGUGAUAUAGUUCUACUUAUGGGAGAUUUCAAUGCUCGAGUUGGCUUACAACAGUCUCAAACGGCCGGUGAUGUAAUUGGAAAGCACACAAUAGAUCAACAAAACGAGAAUGGUCAACUUUUAGUCGACUUUUGCUCUCUAAACAAUUUGAUAGUGACCAACACUUUCUUUCAGCAUAAACCUGUGCACCAAGCCAGCUGGAUGCAUCCAGGUAACAAACGUUGGCACUUAUUGGAUUAUAUUUUGGUAAAUUGGAAAUUUUGUACAAGUGUGCACGGUGUCAGGGCUCAUCGACGAGCAGCCGGAUUUAUUGGAGCAGAUCAUCAUCUCCUCCGAGCAAAGCUAAAAAUUCACUUGAAAAGUCGAACGAAAAAUCAACAACAAAAACGAUUGAAGCUCGAUUAUCAAAAGCUUCGCAAUGAUACACUACGGGAUGGUUUCAAACGGGACAUUGAGCGGAAGAAGAAUGAAGUGUAUGAUGACGAAAUGACCAUUGAUGAAAAGUAUUCACAGUUUGUUGAGCACGUACGUGAAUUGGGAACCAGAUAUUUUCAGCAAGAAAACAAUGCUAAAAAGUGA